CUUCACCGAUCUCUCAUUCUGUCGACAAGUUCAAAUAAAGAAGAGGGGAUAGCGGAUUACUUAUUUCGAGUCAGAAACUAGUUGCUUAUUUCGAACAAAAACUAUAUUAUGUAAUAAUAAUUUCUGUCUAUAAUAACAUGGACCUCGAAUUUUUUUAGCUAGUAAACAUAACUCAGGAACACCUUUGAUGUAUGGUGACUAUGUUUUACCGAAGAAACGUUUAGAAGGUCGAUUAAAAUUAUAUGAUUCUUGUUCAGAUAUCAGAGCAUGGAGUCCAAAUUCUUUAGAAAAUUCACGUUACUUUCGUGAACUUAAUGAACAUGACUCAUCAAUGGGAAAGAUAAUACCAUUUAAUGUAAUUAUUGAUAAUAUUAUUCAACUCAAUCCGAAAGCACAAAAUGAACUUCAGAUAGUUAAAAAAGAACUUAAAAAAUAUAAAACUCUUAAACUUACCACUAAACAAGAAGAACAGUUACAAAACUUAGAUAACAUUUUAAAAAUAAAAGAACCACCACAGAAAAACAAUUAUACAACUGGAGUUCUAAAAGGUGCAUUUUUCAAUAUCAGUAAAUCAGGUCCUAUAAUUCAGUCAAAUUUGUUGUCAAUCCAUACACCUUGUAAAAGAAAUUCACAGUCUAACACAAGAAAUGUAUCAGCUAUAACAAACCAAUAUAAUCAAUUAUAUUCUUAUUCUUUAACUAUGUUUGAUCCAUCUUUGAAAAAUUAUAAUCUAAUACCAUCAUGUAGGUCUACUGUAAGAUCACUUCCUUCUACAGAUUACAAUAAAAAGACAUCAUCUUGGAUAGAAUAUAUUGAUGUAGCUGUACAAGUAAACACAGAAACACAUGAUAUAGAAAUACAAAUUGACGAUCAAGUUGAUAAAUAUCUAAACAAAAUUAUAACAAUAUCUGCAAUGUCACAAACAUCAUUCACAUCAAAAUUCAGUAAUGAAGAUAACAGCGCAGAUCAAGACAAAGAUAGUUCACAAACAAAUAAUCACAAAGAACAAAGUUUUGAGUGUGAUGCUUCUUGCAGUAAUAGUUCACAAGAUAUUGAAAGUCUAACAGAGUUUGACACUGAGAUGGGAACAGAAUCUAAUUUUGAUUUACAUAAUAGCGUUCAUAAAGGGAUUAUCAUCCAGAAAGAUUCUGAAAUUAUUGUUUUGAAAAAUGAACUCUGCGUAAGAGAUGCAGAGUUAGAAGAAUUACAUGAUAUGAAUAAACAUUUGGAGGUUUUACUAAAAGAAAAAGAAAGUUGCAUAUACACUCAACAAGGAAAUCUCAAAAUGUUACAUGAAAAAUUAUAUAAAUUGGAUCAUGAACGUAAUUGCGAAGUAGAGGAUUUGAAAAAGAAGCUCUAUAGUUAUAAAUAUUUAAUGGAACAACUCAAACAAGAUUUAAAUGAGAAAUGUGAAAGUUGUUAUUUAUAUUCUGAAGAAAUUGAAAAACUUCAAUUGUAUGUCAAAGAAGCAACAACAUUACGAUUAGAAAAAGAGUUACUCUUAAAAAAGAUACAAGAAAUGGAACAACUAGUAGAAAAAGCAGAAAAAUAUAAUAUAAUGCUAGAUCAAUUAAAGAAUGUCUUAGAAGAAAGAGACGAACUUAAAAAACAAAAUUAUGAACAGAAUUGUAUUUUAACAAAUCAAGAAGAAAAGCUAAAUCAACUGUUAAAAGUGAUCAAAGAACUGUCUAUUCCAUAUAAUGAACAAAUGGAGACAAAGAACACGUUAGAAGUUUUAAAAACUGAAAUUCAGGAUAAAGAUAUUAAAAUUACUCAAUAUAAAAAGCAAUUGGUUUCUAUGAAACAAGAAAUUAGUGAUUUUUUCAAUAAGUUAAAAUAUGUCCUAAAUAAUUUGGAGGAGCUUAAUGACGUUUGUGAAGAAAUUUGUAAUUGUUCAAAAUGUAGCUUGGAUAUUGGUGAAGAAGCAAAUAAUAUACUGUAUACUAUAAACAUCAUUAUAUCAAGAUUUCAAAGUUAUAAAAUAGAAAGUCAAAAUCUCUUACAACAAAUUGGAGAUCUAAAGCAUUAUAUAGAAAAUGAUAAACUAGAAACUUUCUCUGAUCAAAAUUUAAAAUAUAUGAUUUGUGAAAAACUUUCUUGUUACUCUGAAGUGGAUUCAAAAAAUACAAGUAAUGCUGUCAUUUAAAACAUACAUAAUAAUAUAUAGUGGAUUAUAUACUUAUAUAUAUAUAUAAGUCACAUAUCACACAUUUUCUAUAUUAUAAGUGAAAUCAAUAUUUAUAUAAUAUAUUAUGUAUAAUUAUACAUACGUAU